CUUUGCUCCACUGUUAUAAUAUGAUAAAUACAUAUAAACUCGCAGUCUCCAACUCUCAAGUGACUCAGCUUGUUUUGUUGAUUCCUCGUCUGGAAUUCUGAGGCUGGUCUCGGGCUCGGUUGUGGUUGAACUCUACUCUCAAUAUCGGGUGACUCUUCAGUAACUUAAAGAAUCCUGGGAAUGUCUAACUUCACAGCGGACACUUCUCAAAAUGGAAAUGUGAACACCGCGGAUGAUGUAUAUACCAUGGCUGAGAUUGCAGAAUGUGAAUUCUCAAGGUUAUUAGAUAGGCCAAGGCCCUUGAAUAUGGAGAGGCAGAGAUCAUAUGAUGAAAGGUCUUUUAGUGAAUUACCCAACGGAUUUUCACCACUUUACUCUUCCAGAAAUGCUGAUAACUCUUCAAGAAUAUUUGACCAUCUUGACUACAAUGUACAUUCACCGGGUAGAAGGUCUGGUUUUAAUACCCCUAGAUCACUGCUUGGUUUUGAGGCUCAUCCUAUGGUAGCUGAAGCAUGGGAAGCUUUGAGGCGUUCCUUGGUGUAUUUCCGUGGUCAGCCAGUUGGGACCAUUGCAGCUUUAGAUAAUUCUGAGGAAGAGCUCAACUAUGAUCAGGUAUUUGUUAGAGAUUUUGUGCCAAGUGCAUUGGCCUUUUUGAUGAAUGGGGAACCUGAGAUAGUCAAGAACUUCAUUUUAAAAACACUUCGUCUUCAAUCGUGGGAAAAAAAGAUUGACAGAUUCCAGCUGGGAGAGGGGGUGAUGCCAGCCAGUUUCAAAGUUCUCCAUGAUCCAGUCCGAAAUUAUGAAACUUUGAUAGCAGACUUUGGUGAGAGUGCAAUAGGAAGAGUUGCUCCUGUUGAUUCUGGGUUUUGGUGGAUUAUUUUGCUUCGAGCAUAUACCAAGUCAACUGGAGAUUCAUCCUUAGCCGAACUGCCAGAAUGUCAGAAGGGUAUGCACCUAAUUUUGAGCUUGUGUCUCUCAGAGGGCUUUGACACAUUCCCAACUCUUCUCUGUGCUGAUGGGUGCAGUAUGAUUGAUCGCAGAAUGGGUGUUUAUGGCUAUCCUAUUGAAAUUCAAGCACUUUUUUUCAUGGCUUUAAGAUGUGCUUUGCUUUUACUCAAGCAUGAUGAUGAGGGCAAAGAGUUUAUGGAAAGAAUCGUCAAGCGACUUCAUGCCUUAAGCUACCAUAUGAGGAGUUACUUUUGGAUUGACCUAAAGCAGCUUAAUGACAUAUAUAGAUAUAAAACAGAGGAAUACUCUCACACUGCGGUGAACAAGUUCAACGUAAUUCCUGAUUCUCUUCCAGAAUGGAUUUUUGAUUUUAUGCCCACUCGUGGUGGUUACUUUAUCGGGAAUGUCAGUCCAGCAAGAAUGGAUUUUCGUUGGUUUUGUUUGGGCAACUGUAUUGCAAUUUUGUCAUCCUUGGCAACCCCAGAACAAUCCACUGCUAUUAUGGAUCUUAUAGAAUCACGGUGGGAGGAAUUGGUUGGGGAAAUGCCAUUAAAGGUAUGCUAUCCAGCAAUAGAAAGCCAUGAGUGGCGUAUCGUAACAGGAUGUGACCCAAAAAAUACUAGGUGGAGUUAUCACAAUGGAGGAUCCUGGCCAGUGCUGCUAUGGCUUCUCACGGCUGCAUGUAUCAAAACUGGGCGCCCCCAAAUCGCAAGGCGAGCUAUUGAGCUUGCUGAAGCUAGGUUGCUAAAGGAUAACUGGCCGGAGUAUUAUGACGGAAAACUUGGUCGAUACGUAGGGAAGCAAGCUCGAAAGUCCCAGACCUGGUCCAUCGCAGGUUACCAAGUGGCAAAGAUGAUGUUGGAAGAUCCAUCUCAUUUGGGUAUGGUUUCGCUUGAGGAAGACAAGCAAAUGAAGCCACUCAUGAAAAGAUCAAAUUCAUGGACCUUUUGAUGUAGCAUGUUACACAUUUCUUUUGACACAGAGUUAAAAUGAUGCUACUGCUACCUUCAUUUCCAACUUGAAUAUGUUGAGGUUCUUUUAGUAUGUAACCAGGUAUGAUGCUUUUUUUGCUUCUUUGUUACUGCAUUUAAACUACAUAGUUUCUUUCCGCUUUAUGAACACUGGGUCGCUUUCAUUGAAAUAACUCUGAUAGAAUGCUCUCUAUUAGCAAGUAUUACAGUGGCAAAGGCACAUUAUAACAGUAGAGUAUAUGAAAGAAUUCAUUUUUUCAUUUUAUUAAUAUCCCUACCUAAUAUAAUAAAGUGCGUGAGUUUUGGGCGAUUUCCGGGUGA